UGUUAUUUUCACUUAGUCGCCAUUUCGAUUGUAGUCAUGGUGUACAGAGCGACUACUUUGCGAGGGUUGGCCAACUCACAGAUGGUAGUUGGGGCUGUAAUGAUCGUGUUUGGAGUAGCAUGUAUUAUCUCCGCUCAACACUGGAGUUCCUACGUUGGUUUUGGCGUCUGGGUUGGCCUUUGGGUUUUAAUCACUGGGAUUUUGGGAUACAUAGGAGCAAGAGAAGACUCAAUCCCAAACAAUUGUUUGAUUGGAUGUUUUAUGGGUUUCUCCAUUUCAAGUUGUGUCCUCUCAGGAGCAAUGUUCAUCUGCUAUUGCAUUACUCUUGCAAGCUACUCCGAUAUGAAGGCAUACUGUUCAAACUCUUACUAUGGCAACAGAUAUUAUGGUUCCUCUACCUACCAUGAUUGCUAUCAGUAGUAUGGCUUCCACAGAGAUACAGCAGUAAAUGUGGCUGGUUUAGGCUCGUGUCUCCUUCUUAUCUCCUUGGGUGAGUUCUUCUUGGCACUUGCAUCGUCCAUCUAUUGUUGUACAGCAGUGUGUUGUGGUACCCUCACCAGCAGUUGUG